UACGGAGCACGGCAAUUAAAUCCCCUCGCUGCUGCACCACCUUACCGAACAACCACCGGCAAACGAACGACGCUGCCACGUCCUCCCAAUUGAACCUCCGCCGAAGCUGCUCGAAUCGCCAUCGUCCAAAAUGCUUCGCUCCAUGGUCCUGCGAGGCAAUGCCUUGACGCAGAGCACCCGGCUGGCGUCCCGAGCCAUGUCCACCCAGGCCCUGUCCAACCCGACCCUCAGCAACAUCGAGAAGCGAUGGGAGGGAAUGCCUCUCCAGGAGCAGGCCGAUCUGUGGAUGGCCCUGCGCGACCGCAUGAAGGGCAGCUGGAAGGAGUUGACCCUGCAGGAGAAGAAGGCCGCAUACUGGAUUGCUUUCGGCCCUCACGGUCCCCGUACCGCUGACCCUCCCGGAACUGGUGCCCGCGUUGCCUGGGGCGUUGUCAUCGGCCUGGCUUCCAGUCUCGCUCUCUUCUCCGGUAUCCGAAUGGCCGCUAAGCCUGCUCCUCACACCAUGAACAAGGAGUGGCAGGAGGCUACCAACGAGUACCUCAAGACUCAAGCCGCCGAUCCUCUCACUGGUAUCUCCUCUCCCGGAUAUACCGGCAAGGGUGUUGUUCAGUCUCCUCCCAAAUCACAGUAAAAGAAAAACACGAUACUGUCGCUCAUUGCUUCGCACUAUUGGAGCGGGCACGGGGGGGCUUUGUCAAUUGAUAUUUGUACAUGUAUAGCUUAGUCUUAGAGAGUAUGCAAGAUAGGGUUCUCGCAUGGCGUUGAUUGCUCAAGUGACGAGUCUAAAAAUGUUGGAGCAUCAAACAUUGGCUCGG